GUCGUACCACAGCAUUCGAAGUGCCAGUCGCGCUGCCCACCACGAUAUAGUUAUGACUCUUUUUGAGCUCAUAUAAUUACUUAACGCCGAGAAAUCAUACGCAAAUGCUCAAGUGACUUUUUCUAAGACAGCGUCGCACAGGUAAGGUAAGUUUUAACACCCCAAAUUCAAGCUAUCUCCUUUUUCUCUUUGUUUGUACUUUUACGCCUUCGUACGCAUCAAUGGCUUCCCUAUCCGCCCCAUCUACCCCUAGGACAGCAUCUUCGCCUGCACCUACUUCAGACGAGUCUCGGACACCAGGAAAAUGGCGCCACCCACAGUUGAAUGAAAUAGUCAGGCGACAGAAUGCCGGCACAUUUGGGGAUAGUAAUAUCAAGAGAGUUCUGUGGAAUGGAGCUGCUUUACUAGCAACCUGGAUCUUUGGCAACACCUUCAAAUCCUAUUCUCUUCGACUCGAAAAGUCCAGCCAGUAUUCUACAUAUCCUGAUAUUUCCCUACUUGUGUUACAACUUAUCUUCAUUCUCAAUAUCCUCGUGGCACUAUACCCUCUCAUUCGCCCAAAGGACAACCUCUCCGAUAUCCCUCUCACGCCUACGCAACGCGCCCUUUUAGGGCUUGAUCCAUCUGCUACAGCACCGCCCACGCCGGGAUCUACAUACAUCACUCCACCCAAAUACCGGCUCUCUGGGUCGCGGGCAGCAAGCCCGGCCAGCAGAAGUGCUUCGCCUUUGUCGACCAGCGCCAGUGCUUCUGGCCGUAGGGUAUCGUCGGGCGCAUUGUUUUCACCUUCUCCUAGUCCAUUAGUCCACAAGGCUGUUUCAAACGGGGGAAGAGAAAAUGGACGGAGACCGAGUUUCGGCUCUCCAUCGCCUCUCGGUCGAAGCUCACCUUUUCGUGAAUCAAGCUUUCGCGAAUCAAGCUUCGGAUCGAGUAUGGGUCCUCCGACUCCGUCACCAGUUGGGGGAAAGCGUGUUAAUCUGGGUCUGAGCAAUAAGUGGCUGUAUGAGCGGAGCAGGCGGUUGUCAGCGAGCAAUGGUAGUCUUUGAAUUACGUUCGUUGGUGUUUGGUGCAUUAGGGUGGAGACAAUCAUAUAUUCAUAUGUUCUGAAGGGCGUUCAGCAAGCACUGUGUCCUUUUUUGAAGAGAUCGAAUUUUCAAUGUUCAUUUUAAGCAUUAUAUUUUUAUAGGAGAUUUUCUUGGUAGACAGGAAAUGUAUAACUAUGACGCAUUGGAAA